CUUUAAUUCUUAAAAUAUAUAUAUAUAUAUUUUCUUCAAGUCAAACAAGCGCUGGAUGGUAAUCUACAAUCUUUCUCUCCUGAAAACUGUUUAUUUAGAGUCUAUUCUCUAUAAACUCCCAUCAUGUACCUGACUCUGUCUCUCAUCUUGCUAAUGCUGCUGGCUUUCAGUCCAGCUCAGACUCGCUCCAUUAAGGCAGUCGAAAUACAUGGCCCAAAAGACCCUGGAUUCAACAGCGCUGGAGAUGAUGAGUUAUCUGUCUCGGCUAUAAUCGAAAGAGCUAAUAGAGAUAUCGGACAGAAACCAGAGGAUCCUACAAUCACGUUUGGUGAUAUUCUUGUGGAUGAUGGAUUACAGAAUGCAGAUCCCUGCACUUCUAGAAAUCCUAGUUGCCUGUGGCCCAAGAAUAAGAAUGGGAUCGUCUACGUACCCUACAUCAUUUCCAACCAGUUCUGUCCCAAAGAAAAAAAGUUGAUCACUGACAUACUAAAGACCUUUAGAAAUUCCACCUGCAUCCAAUUUGUACCCCGUGACAGAGAGGAAGACUAUAUCCACAUUCAGAAUCUUAAAGGGUGCUAUUCUUCAGUGGGUCGCAGGGGAGGAGAGCAGACUUUAUCUCUGAGUAGACAAGGAUGUCUCUACAAGCGUGCAGUACAGCAUGAGUUUAUCCAUGCUCUGGGAUUUCACCACGAGCAGAGUCGCAGUGAUCGUGACCAGCACAUCAGAAUCGUCUAUGAAAACAUUGAUCCAGAUAAGAAACAUAACUUUAACAAAGUGGACACCAACAAUUUGAAAACUCCUUAUGACUAUGGCUCAGUUAUGCACUAUGGAAGGAAUGCUUUCUCCAAUAACGGUCAGCCAACCAUGAUUCCCAUCCCGGACCAGAACGUGGCUGUUGGACGUGCUCAAGAGAUGAACGCCAACGACGUCUUGCGCAUCAAACGUCUCUACUGUGCUUGAUCUCUGUUUCUUUCGAAAUAAUAUGUAAUAUUUUAUUUUCUUCUUAUAAAACGAGCACAAAACCAGGAUGCAUAAAAAAACUGCAGUGCUAUUUUUUUUUUGGAUAAGUAUAAAAAAAAGCUUAGCUACUUUAUAAUUUUUUCUUUUUUAAGGGGGUUGGACCCAUAUUGCUGUUAUCGAGUCCAUAAUUCCACCUUUUUUAAAAAAUGUACGAUUUAAUUGGAAGUGAAAAUCCUUUUAUGUUUGUUUCUGAAAAAAAAAAUUAAAAGUUUU